AUGGACAUUGAUUCAAAUAAUCCUUCAUUGAAUGAGAGUGAGGAAAUUGAAGAAGCGGAGAACAAUCCGUCAUUAAAUGAUAUUGAUGUAGUUGAAGAACCUAAGAAGGGCAUGCGUUUUAGCUCAAAGCAAGAAGUAUAUUCGUUUUAUGCAAAAUAUGCGAAGCACCUCGGAUUUGCUGUAGCUUAUAGAACACAGAAUAUUGGACAUGAUGGGGAAGUUAGAGUAACUCUACAAAAGGAUGAAAGAUUUAAGUUGACCACAGUUAUGCUUGAACAUACGCAUGACUUGAUUCCUAGUGACUCACGACAUUUUGAAAUGAAUAAGAGAAUUCUUACCCUUGUGAAGAGAAGACUAGAAAUAAACGAUGAAGCAGAGAUAGGGGUGGCUAGGAAUUUUCAUUCUAUAGUUGUUGAAGCAGGGGGAGAAUGGUUAAGUUGUAUGUCUAACGUUCCUCCAAAAGCUAUAAUAAUAGACCGGUGCAGAGCUAUGCAAAAUGCCACUGAAGUUGUCUUUCCACAAGCUCGACAUCGUUGGUGCUUAUGGCAUAUAAUGAAGAAAAUUCCUGAGAAAUUAAGAGGAUAUGCCCAAUAUGAAUCCAUCAAGUUUGCUUUGCAAAAUGCAGUUUAUGAUUGUUUUACAAAAGAUGAAUUUGAUGAAGAAUGGGAAGCGAUGAUUGCAAAGUUCAAGCUAGAUGAUAAUGAGUGGUUGGGGCUAUUAUACAGUGAGCCACAUAGGUGGAUUCCUGCCUAUGUGAAGGAUGUUUUUUGGGCUGGCAUGUCGACUACACAACGAAGUGAGAGCAUGAACGCAUUUUUUGAUGGAUAUGUGAACUCAAAGGCAACUUUAAAGCAAUUUGUUGAACAGUAUGAUAAUGCCUUGAGAAGUAAGGUUGAGAAAGAGAUGGAAGCAGACUUUAAAUCUCGAAACAAAUUGUAUGAUUGCUGA